UGCUGCAGAUGAUGAUGGUGAUGAUGAUGACAUAUUAAAGCGUCACAUAGCAGGAAUAAAUAAUAUUAUUUAAUAUUAAGAAAAGUUCGAUUUGGUGAAAGGUUCCCGUUUAUUAUAUAUAUAUAUAUAUAUAUAUAAUUUUUUUUUUAAAAGGCAUCUCCAUCUUUUUAUUUGGGUCCUUUUAAUCUGUGGAGCUCACUUCAGCUGUUGUGAUCCAGAGACCAUCAUGAUUUUGUUGACGCCCUCCUCCGGUAGGUCCAGUGAUGAUUAAUCUUCUAAUCUGGAUUAACGUGCACCUUUCUGUUCAGUCUGGGGAACUGUAUAUGUUAGACUGGCUUAAUGCGAGGAUGUUCAUUAUAACCAGCAAGAAUUGUAUAUGAGAGAUAUUGUAGAAGGCGUUUUUAUGUUCCUGUUGUUUAACUGUAAAUGUAAUUGUCUUCCCUCUGUUUAUUUUUGUUGUUUUUCUCACUUCUCAAUUGGGUUUUUUAGUCUUUAGCAGGUAACAUAGCAGUUUAUUAUGUAACAUGGGAUUUCCCAUCAUGCAUUCGUGUCCAUUAGACAGCAAUUCACCUGCUUGAAAUGGAUUGAUCUGCAUGGUUUUGGAGUCAACCAUUUAUUUUUAGUGACUAUUGUCUCAAUUAAAGGAGCCCACAGGUAUGAGCUGCAUGUGGAUGAAUAUGCCUCAUCAUUCAAAGAAAUCAUUCAUUCUGACUGCCACAUGUGUGCCCAAAAUAGAAUAAGAAUUAAAACAAAAAGCAUGCUUUUAAGUUUAAAGUUUUUAAAAAAAAUAUGACAAUUGUUCUUGGCUGUGUGCUCUUGUCUCAUCCACUGUUUUUUUUCAGAUGAAGAAUCUCUUGAACUGCCCUGGCUUUGGAAUCUCGGGAAGUUCAGGGUGAAAAACACUUAAAGGGUUGGGUUGCUAUUCUGCAACAUUCAACAUUUAAAUCUACUGUAACUUUUUGCAGGUCUUUUCCGGUGCACCAACAAGCUCUUUCUCAGUGAUCAAACCACAGGACUACAGAUUAAGGAGUUUGCACGUAGAAAUGCUGCAAACGUGCUGUCCGUUGCCAACAUGGUCAUGGGCAUGGCCUCCAUCCUCAGCAGUCUUGAUGGGCACAAUCAUGCUGCAUGUUGGCUGGUUCUCAUUGGCUACCUGCUAGAUUUGGCAGACGGAGCGGUUGCCAGGCGACUCGAUGCCUGUUCUGCCCUGGGUGCAAAGCUGGAUGACUUUGCAGAUUUCACGACUUUUGGGAUUGCCACAUCUCUGCUCCUGAGGACACCUGACCUGCUGGAUAACAUCCUGUGCAUGUGUUAUGCUCUCUCUGUGCUUGUUCGUCUCUGUUUCUUUUCAAGCGGGAUCCCGUUCAUGUAUCGCGGCCUGCCCUGCAUCUACUCCUCGGCCAUCCUCGCCAGUGCCUCGCUGCUGUCGGGCGGAAACACGGCCGUGCUGCGAGUCAUCGCUGUGGCCAUGAUACUCUUUAUGAUCCGGCAGAAUUUCUACCCCCAUGACCGAGUGUUGGAGUCCCAGGCCUGGAAGAAAGUUGUCUAUGUGGGGGGAGUUCUCAUGCUGUUCUGCUCAUCCUUCGCCCCUGCCUGUGUGUACUACCUGCUGUGGUCCGUCUCUUACAUUUUGUUCCCAACAUCUCUUUGGAGCAGUAAAGUGUAAAAGUAGGACAAAGAUGAACUCUUCCAGACUGCUUCAAGCUGCAGGUUCAUUCACCACAAACAGAACACCAUGUAACCUUUUUUUAGGGGGGGCGGGGGUCUGCAAGCCAUGGUUCUCUCCAAGAUUUUGUUACAGUUUAUUUAAUGCACAACCCCCACCAUGUAGCCCAGGUCAGAUACUGACAAUGAAACUUUUUUGUUGACCUUGUUUGUGUUGAUUAAACAGCAUAAUAGCAGCAAUCUGCCGAGUACAGCGACUUACAUAUAGAAUACAAUGUAAAUGUUUGCAUAUAUUUUAGUUUUAUGUGGGAGUAUGCAAGGAGUACAUUUGUAGUUAUUUGAAUAGAAAUACUGAAAAAAACAUUCUAAUUGCAAUACAAAUAUUUCCUUUUGCAGUGUGUCACUACAUUUGUGAAAAUAAAGAGAAAAAAUGGAAUGUGUUCAGUGUC